GCGAAAUUGAAACGGAAAAUUCUGCGAAAACGGAAGUUUCUAAAUGUGAUCGCUUUAUUUCUUUCCAGCGUUGUACUCUUCGUGUGGGGUAAGUAAGGCAUUCAGAAACUUCGCCCGAUGGAUCAUCCUGUGGUAGUCAAAGAGCCCGCUGGAAAGUAUUCUUCUGACUUGUUAAAAGUUUGUGAAGACCACUUCAGCAGAAUUUACCCGGACUAUGUUAACACCAUGGAUCAUGAGACUGUCAUGUGUCCACCAGCAUUUCCUUUCGAAUACAUCGCUCCAACUGGAGAGGCUUCGGGAGCAAUUCCUCUCGCUGACAUCGAGAAAGUGAAUAUUGACGGAGAUAGCGCCGAACUCCAAUUGUUCUACGUGUUGGAAAAGUUUGGGAAAGCAACAAACCAACCGAUGUUCGUUCUACCGAAAGUAAAAUAUGCUGAGUUCAUCGAAAAUAUUAUUCGCCAAACGGUGCCGCAUAAUCGUCAGACUGAUCUGGGGAAAAUAAAAUUUGACGAAGAAAGCGACUUUGUGAUUGUGCAUCGUAAUAUUGGUGUCAUUCUUAUCGAAGUUAAAUCAACAAAGAAGUUUUCAAAGUCACAUCAAGGGAACGCACGAAAACAGCUUCAAGCUGGCGAGAAAAUAAUUCGUGCUCUUUUGCAUGCUGAUCAUAGUCAGGAAAUUUCUAUCCCUGUCAAGAAAGUGAUUGCCAUGCCAAACGUAAGUGACCCUGGUCGAGGAAAUCAAGAGUAUAUCAGUCUUCGAGAAAUCGAUACUCGGCAUUCUGAGGGCGGUUUCGCCAGCUGGUGGCAAAAUAACUUUGAUUCAAGAGAAUUUGACAACAACGAAAAGCAACAACUUCAAAGGUUAAUAGCCAUUUUAGUCGGCCUGAAAUGCAAAGGAAGCUCCGAAAUUCUGUCGGAUGUCUAUGAGCAGAUUGACAAGCAGAAAUUUCUCCGAAAGAGCCAUGAAAAGUAUACCAUGCAGGAUGGGGACGGGCCGGAAGUGGUUGUGAAAAGUGCUGAUCGACUAGAGCGAAACAUCUUAUCAACGAAGUUUUUGUUUCUGAACCUCGAGCAGUUACGUAUUUGGAAUGGACCACGGAAACAGUUCUUCAACGGUUCAUCUGGCUGUGGAAAAACAAUUCUGCUUCAGUUCAAAGCUUUAGAGUGCGUUAAAAGGAAAGAAGAAAAGGUAAUGAUCGUGGUACCCUCUUCUUUGACUAACCUUUACAAAGAGUUUUUCGACUACAACAUAGAAGACAACAUUUCCAGUAGAGUGACUAUUUGCUCCCCUCUUGAGUUAUCCAAGCUUCUCCAAAGAAGAGAUUUCGAUGGUGAUCAGGUAAGCAAUGUUAAAAGUGAUCCCGGCUGUGAUUUUUCGAGCAAUAACGGAGGCUAUUCCACGAGCGACGCUCAAAAUGGUUCCGGAAGUGAUCUAAGAGAAUUUCACUUCUUUGUUGAUGAAAUGCAAACUUUUGAAGCCGAGAUUCCAGACACGAUGAAUCUGUUGGAGAAACUUCUGACCCGAAUCACAGAUCAAGAUUGUUACUGUUGGGUUGCAUAUGAUUAUAUGCAAAGGAAUGAAAGCGUCGUUUCUCGGGAUGAAACAGGAGGGCUGUCUGGCGCAACAGAAAUUCAGACUCAAGCGCGAGAGCUUUGCAAAACGUUUGGCGUUUAUCACUCUUCUUGUAUGAAAACGAUACUGCGAUCUACUUUCGAGAUUUACAACUUUGUUCAAGCAUUCGGGAAGAAUUCCCUUCUUUAAUUAGUACAGAGAUUAAACCAACCUCAAUUUGAUCAUAUUGAACAAGAAGCAAAGGAACUAUGGGUUUCUUUUACAAAAAGAUACGAUGUUUCAAACUACCUUGGCCAUCACGUUUGUGGACCACCUGUUUCAUCGUUCAAGAAUCUUGAUUUUGAUUCCAUUGCGAAUGUCAUAGAGGAUGAAGUUAAAAAGUGGAAGAAAAGUGGCUUUUUACAUCACGUCGCUGUUCUUUUCACUUCGUCCUUUCCCAAAGAAAACUUGUCUCGUCUGAUGGCCCAAAAGAGGAUUCCAGUUUGUGAUGUAAGCAACAGGGAAGAAAAUAAGGUAGUACUGGAUUUUGGACACAACGCUCAUUCACAUGAAUGGCGAGUGGUUGUCGCCAUUUCCUGGUUCAACGAUUAGCUGAUUAGUAACUACAUCAUGUUUACAAGGACAGUAUCACGACUUGUGGUGAUAACCAUUGACGAGGAGGAGAUGUUUCCUCAUAAUCGCCUCUGCAAGCUUCCAGACUGAGUGAUGUUUAGAGGUUACAGUUAAUCACGGCUCUUACGGCUCCAUUAUAAUUUAUUCUACGACCAAUCAUAGAUCCCAUCUCAGACGCCUUAAGUCAUGCGCCAACAACUUUUUAUCCGAAAAUCUUCCCAAUUUUAAUUUCCAUUCAUAAAAUUCUCAUUUUUGAAGUAGUUUCUCAUGUACGUGUACUUGGAAAAUGUUUGAAGCAAAUUGUUUCUGUCGAAUUUGAUGAAAGAAGUUUAUAAUUAUUCGAGUACCCAAACCAACCCCAAAUACACAGAUUAGCAUAGAACCUUGAAACUAGUUCUGUUGGGCGCAAAGUUAUCGGAAAAUGCUUUCUUAUCCUACCUUCAACUGGGACAAAUUUUAAUCACGAUGACGAACUAUUUGGUGUUUUCCUAGAGAAUAUUUUCAAUCUCUUGGUGUUUUCCCCAUGGAUUGUAUGGAGAUGGAUCGGACAUGUUAUGCGGCGGGAGCAGGACAACAUCAUCCGCACGGCUCUCCACUGGACACCUGAGGGGAAACGAAAACGAGGACGGCCGAAGAACACCAGGCGCAGAACGGUGGAGGCAGAACUGAAGACCCUACAUCACUCCUGGAGGACCAUUCAAAAGAUGGCCCGGAACAGAUAAGAGUGGCUUUCCUUUGUAACUGCCCUAAACGCCAGGAGGACGUAUAGGCACUAGUAAUAGUAGUAGUAGUAGUACUCUUAGAUCGCUGCCCAAAUUUUCCCUAACGGGGUAAGCAAUUAUUUGAUAGGAAUUUAAUUGAAAUGUUUGAAAUCAUAAAAAAUCGCCUUUCUUCGCCAGCACUAGAUAAAGGUAUAAAGCUAUUUACUCACUUUGUGGUACUAACUUGGAUAAAACCAAGACAACUGAGACGAGGCUAGAAACGAUUUCACUCUGUUCCGGUAAAGGAUCAAAACUGAAAAAAAAAACAAUCAAACCUAGCUCCACAAUGUUGAGGAUUCGCCUUUUUUACUAAACGUAGUCGUAAAACCGGAUCGAAAUGAUGUCGCUACAAAAGGUUUACUCAUGGAAAAGGACAGUUAAAGGAGAUUAACCUGAGCUAGCAUUAGGUUGGAAUUGAAAAAUAAUUUUUGAUUUAUAAUAACACCAUUAAAUGUAACACCUAAAAGCUAAUGGUUGAAGGAACGCAUACAGUUUAAUCUUCGUGGCAAUUGAAACCUCCCUCAUAUAAGCCCUGUGGUUUUCCCUUCGCCAUGUAUUAUAAUAUUGUUAUUCAAUAAGUACCGUUAACUGAUUAUCUGGUGAUAUGAACCACCCAGGAUUCCUAGCUAUGAUGUUAUCCCUCUAUGAAUGGUUAAUAAUUAAAUUGUAAAUUGUAAGUUCAGUGUUUGCUAUACGAAGAAAUAAGAUUUUUCUGCAAUUUUUCUAGCAA